AUGGGCCGUCAGUGCGGGGCCCCGGGGCGCGGCCCGGGGGAGAGGGGGCAGCGCCGGGAGCCGGGGGCGGCCAUGGGAGCCGGACGCGGGGCCCGAGUGUGGCCCCGCCCCGGCCGCCGGCUGCCCCGCCCCGGCCCGCCCUCCCCAGCGCCGCCACCGCCCCGGCCGCCCGGGGCCCGCCUGGCUCCGCGGCGAGGCCCGAGGGGCGGAGCUGACGGCGCACGCACGUCCCGCCCCGCGCCUGCCACUCACGUUCUGGGCCAAGCCCACCUCCCCUCACCUGGACCCGCCCCAYCGUGCAACCUGUUUGACCGACCAAGGGGUGGGGCCGGGAGGCGAAGGGGAUUUUCCUACCGCUCCCUCCUAAAAUGCCACGGCGACGCCCCGUGGGACAGGUCCAGGCGGCGCGCCCGGCGCUUUCAAGUCCCUGGUCCCGGACUUGCAAGUGCAGACCUGCGCCCGGCGCGGCGGCGGGAACAUUCAUUCUCUUGUGCAGACUCGAAGCGCCCAGGGGCUGGGCGGUACCGGCCCCAAGGGAUCCCGUACACCGGCCCCUGCUCCGGGUCGCCCACUCCUAGAAACCACCACCCAAUCAAUGUGAGACGUGACCCCAGCAUCCCCACCUAUGGACUCCGACGGUCCAUCUUACUGAACACCAGGCUUCAGGAUUGCUAUGUGGUUUCACCAGCCCUCACCAACAUCUGGACUGCCAGAACAUGUGCAAGGCAGAACAUCAAGACCCCAGCACCAGGUACCACCUCUUGCUGGGAAGUGGUAAAGAACCCAAUAAUUGCCAGUUCGUUUUCUCUGGCUAAGCUUGUGCUCCGGAGGCAAUUGAAGGAUAAAUGCUGUCCGGUACCUUCCAAGUUUGGAGAAGCGAAGCCACUGAAGAGAUUAAAGCCCAGGAACAAUUCAACAAUGAAAGCCACGCAGCAGGCCAGGAUAAGAAACUCCAUCAGAUCCAAGAAUAAGCGGCCAGCAGGGCAGCUGCUGGGCUCACCUGGACGAGGACAGAGUCCUGCAGGAAGCAUCGUCGAGAGCAAAGAAAGUUCAAAGGAGAAAAAAGUAACAGUCCGCCAAGAUCUUGAAGAUAGAUAUGUGGAACGCGUGGCCGCCACCCAAGCACUAUCCUGGGACAGAGGGACCGCAGCCUGGAAGGGCCGAGCAUUGCCUCCUGAAACCCCAAUGAGACAGCAGGUGCUGGGGGACUCGCUAACAAUCCAUGGUCUCCCCACAGAGUGUUACCGGGCUCUGUACCAUGCCGUGGUGGAGCCGAUGCUGUGGAAUCCUUCAGGAACCCCCAAGAGAUAUAGCUUGGAGCUGGGCAAGGCCAUUAAACAAAAACUUUGGGAAGCUCUGUGCAGUCAGGCCACCACCCUUGAAGGUGCUCAGAAGGACCCACUGUCUGGUAGGAUGGCUGGUGUCCAUGAGCCUAUGCCCAAGAAAUGGCCCAAGUUAAAGAGUGAAAAAUAA